AUGAACGAGGGAGAUAAAGAAAUUAGCUAUGCCAAUAAUUCUCUCCUCCAGAAAACAGUGAUUUUGAAGACGAGGAGAGUCCUAGAAGAUACUAUCAAAGACUUGUCAAGCAAUGUUCUUCCAACUUGUAUUAAAGUGGCAGACUUUGGUUGUUCUUCAGGGCCCAACACCUUCUCAACAAUCUCUGAAAUUGUUGACGUUGUUCAUGAGAUUUACCGACGAGCACAGUUGAAAUUCCCCAAGUUUCAAGUGUUUUUAAAUGAUCUGCCAGGAAAUGACUUAACUACAAUUUUCAGGUCUGUUCCUGCUGUCCUUGAUGAGCUUAAGAGAGAAAAAGGAGAUCUCUUUGGACAUUGUACAAUAUCAGGAGUAUCAGGUUCCAUUUAUGGAAGACUUUUUCCAAGCAGAAGUCUACAUCCUAUACAUUCUUCUUGUAGUGUUCACUGGCUAUCAAAGGUCCCAGAUGGAGUUGAGAACAACAAGUGGAAUAUAUACAUGGCAAAAUCAAGUCCUCCCAAUGUAUUUAAAGCUUAUGCAAAGCAAUUUCAGGAGGACUUCUCAUUGUUUUUAAGAAUGCUAUCAGAAGAAAUAAAACCUCGAGGGCAUAUGGUCCUUACCUUAAUGGGUAGGAGAAACCCAGACCCUUCCACCGAGUUUUAUGGUUGGGAAUUGCUAGCAACAUCACUUUGUGAUUUGGUGGGAGAAGGACUUGUGAAAGAGGCUGAUUUGGAUUCAUUCAACCUUCCGCAGUAUACACCAUAUAAGGAAGAAGUAAGGGAGAUUAUUCAAGAGGAGGGAUCCUUUGAACUUGACAGGCUAGAAGUUUUCGAAGUCGAUUGGGACAAGAAACAAGAUAUCAACAACAAUGGUCUUGUGUUGGACAAGUAUGAAAGGGGGCAAAAGCUUGCAAAUAUUGUAAGAGCUAUUAAAGAACACUUGCUUGCUUGUCAUUUUGGAGAUGCUAUAAUUGAUAGGUUAUUUGCAAGGUUAGCACUACAUCAGGCAGAGCAUCUUGAUUCCAAAUGA